AUGGCUCCUAUACUCAGUACCCUCUCUCUCGCCCUAACAGGCCUCCCCCUUCUCUCUCUCGCCCAACAAAUCGGCACCCCCGAGAGCCGUCCGCUCCUCACAACCUGGCGCUGCACAGCCCGCAAUGGCUGCAGCAAGCAAAACACCUCUGUCGUCCUGGACGCAGCCACCCACAGCAUCCACGCCCUCGACGACCCCUCCACCUCCUGCACCACCUCCUCAGGAUCACUGGACUCAACCCUCUGCCCAGACAAAGAAACCUGCGCCUCGAACUGCGUCAUCGACGGCAUAACAGACUACGCAGCACACGGCGUUGAAACAAACGGCGGAGUCCUCAAACUCACCCAAUACAAGAACGUCAACGGAACACUCAACGCCGUCUCACCUCGGGUCUACCUCCUCUCCGAAUCCAACCAAACCACUAGCACGGAGACAGGAACAGAGGAGUAUACCGCUCCAUCCCUCCUGAACCAGGAGUUCACAUUCACCGUGGACGUCUCAGCCCUGCCCUGCGGCAUGAACGGCGCGCUCUACCUCUCCGAGAUGUCACACACCGGCGGGCGAAACGCAGAGCUGAACCCAGCCGGCGCAUCCUACGGAACGGGAUACUGCGAUGCGCAGUGCUACGUAACGCCCUGGAUCAAUGGCGCGGCCAACGUUGCCGAGAACGGCGCCUGCUGCAACGAGAUGGAUAUCUGGGAGGCAAACUCGCGCGCGACGGGACUGACGCCGCACCCUUGUAACUACAACGACGACGAGGAGUGCAAUGGGCCGACGGGGGAGAAUGAUAGUGUCUGCGAUAAAUGGGGGUGUGGGUUUAACCCCUAUGCGCUUGGCGCGAAGGACUACUAUGGCCGUGGUUCGACUGGGUUUGAAGUUGACACGACCGCGCCGUUUACGGUUGUGACGCAGUUCCGGACAGCCGACAACACGACGACUGGCGCUUUGGCUGAGAUCCGCCGGUUGUAUAUCCAGGGCGGCAAAGUGAUCCAGAAUGCGGUUGUGACGGCCGGAGGUGCCAGUGUGAACUCGUUGACGGAUUCCUUGUGUGAUACGACUUCGUCGUGGUAUGCUGGGUUUGGGGGGAUGGAGAGGAUGGGUGAGGCGUUGGGACGCGGGAUGGUGCUGGCGAUGAGCAUUUGGAAUGAUGCUGGUGAGUAUAUGCAGUGGCUUGAUGGGGAGGACUCGGGGCCUUGCAAUGCAACGGAGGGAGCGCCGGCCUUUAUCGAGGCGAAUACGCCUGGGACGAGUGUGACUUUUUCGAAUCUGAGAUGGGGCGAUAUUGGCACGACUUUUCGGGGGACUGAGUAA